AUGUUCGCAGUGGAGCCCUUGAAAGAGAGGGUGCAGCGCUGCGCCGUCUGGGAGAAGGUGAAGGAAGGCCAGGCGGAAGCCAUCGAGGGGCUGACAGAGCUGGCAGCUUGCAGAAGACAGGCUUACCGCAAUGUGGAAACAGCUCGAAACAUUAAGACAAUCAUGCCCAUGGCAUGCAGUGAAUUGAGACAUGGUAUCUGCCAGGGCCUCUUGAGUGUUUCUUUGGAGACCAGACCGCCUCUGCCAGGCCAUGUGCACCUCAUCACUAGAGAUGACGUGCAAGAGCAGCUGGGCGGCGGUGACUGUAAGCACGGCGGUGAUCGUAAGCUGUUUUUUGCUUUCGAUGUGUCUGGCAGCAUCGAGACGCAUGAGCUGGUUAAGCUCUGUUCGAUUGACGGCUGCGGUCUAACAGCCCAAGAUAUCAAGGAGUGGAUCAAAGACUGUGACGUGGAUGGUCUUGGGGAGGUCACUGUGGAGGAUGUUCACAAGGGUCUUACCCGCGGCAAUGUUGCUUUCACCUUGGUGAAGAAGACAUUGUUUGGCCAAGAGAAGGACCACAAGUCGACCGAAUGUUCACUGACGGAGCUGUUGGAUUGGCUGAAGUACGAAUAUGACAAGAAGAGCAAUCUCUGGUCGCUGCCAGAAACGCUGCUGCUCUUCUUUGCCCUCGUUGGGACUGCUGUGUUGCACCUCGGCGUGUUCGAUGCGUUCAGGAUUUCGCAAGUGCACGAAGCAGGUCUUGGAUUCGGUGAUUUCCUCGCCUACGAUAUGGUCGAUAGGGAGACUUUUUGGAUCUGGCUCGAGCGCGCAUUCCUACGCAACAUGUUGAGGCAUGAUCUGUUUUCUUUCGUGCGGCAGUACCGCUACGGAGGCAACUACGGACAGGACCCUGUUGUGACGAGCCCGUUCCUUGGCCGACUGUUCAAGGAGCAUCAGAUCAUUGGAGCAGUCCGAGCACGGAGGUGGGUCUCAGACCCCCAGGAGUGCGAUGUGGGGGACUUCUGGAAGGCAAUCUACCCAACAUGUCAUCAGCAAGGCCCACAGCGGCCGGAGGAUUGGUACAUGUUCUACCAUCAAAAGAGAGAGACUCUUGAGGAGCAACUACACCAGUACCGGGACAGCGCAUGGCUCGAUGCGAACACCCUGAAUUUGGACCUUCAGAUCUUCACUUACAAUGCUCACCAGGUUGCCUUCACGCUACAGAGCCUCCGUCUGGAGUGGACACCAGCAGGCUACCUCAUCCAACGGCCAGGCAAUCGCGAGACUUUCUAUGGCUCUCCGUAUCAUAACCUGGCACUGGUGCUGCCUGACCUCAUCUUCAUCGCCCUGCUUUUUAGCAUCUUGUACGCGGAGCUCAAAGAAGCAAUCCCUGCGGCUAUGAACGGCUUGGAUGGCCUGAAGGACUACCUCAAGUUCUGGAACGUCGUGGACUGGAUCAACGUAACAGUUGGGCUUGGGUCUGUGUGUAUCUGGAUCACCUUUGUGCUGAAGGUGACUAUGGAAGUGAGGGAUGUAUUGGCUGGCUUACCGUCCGAGCUCUUGGACUUGGCAGUUUUCGCCAAUCGCAGUUACCUGACCUAUGAGGAGUUCAACAGCGUAGUUGAUCGACAGGAAUUUGAGAUGAAAAUGUCGGAUGUUCUGACGGUUGCUGAAGAGACGAGUUAUCUCUACGUGUUAGUGCGCUCGUCCCUCUUCUUCUACCUGUUUGUUUUGAUGUUCAAGUUCUUCAAAGCUUUCCGAGCAAAUGAUCGCCUAGAUGUGGUGAUCCAGACAAUUACAGACUCUGCAACAGAUGUCAUUCACUUUGCUAUCGCCUUUUUGCUCGUUUUUCUGUGCUUUGCAUCAGCUGGUAUGGUGCUUUUUGGCUACACGGUUGAAGGCUUCCACACGUUUGUUUACUCCGUGUUUUUCUGCUGGCGAUCUGGCGUAGGCAUGGAAGACAUUGAGGUGUACGAAAUCUGGUACCAGGUGCUGGCCUACUUCUGGCACUUCACUUACCUUGGUCUGAUGAGCAUCUUGAUGAUCAAUAUCCUGGUUGGUCUCAUCUUCGAGGCCUACGGUCGAAUUCAUGCCAACGCGGGAGAGCCUCCCACGCUGCUCGAGCAGGUCAGUGAGGCAGUGGACACGCUGAGAGACACGAAGGCCUUCUUAAGCAUGUGGUACAUCAUUUGCGAGCUGGAAGAUGAUGAUUUCCCAGCCCAUCCUGCAGAGCUCGUUACGAUACGAAGCUUGAAGAAAGCAUUUGCCAAAGACAGGAUGACGAAGCAAAAUGCAGAGUACCUCAUAGAAAACGCUUCGGCUCACGCUAAGAAGCAGGCGAAGAAGAUCGACCUGUCCGUUGCAGACGGAGUGCGGAUAAUUGGUCAAGCCAGGACGAAUACCAACAAGUUGCUUUCUUUGUCAGAGCAGGUCAAUGCAAUGCUGCGGAAGUUUCAUUUGAAGCACGCUGACGGCCCCAGCGAAGAUGAUUGGCUGAAGACGCUCGGAACAACUACCCCGCAGGCUGUCCAGCAGGAGAACGUGCAGACUGGUAUGCGAGAUCUACUUGAGGAGACGGUGAGGCCAGGGACCUCUGCAGCCUCUCACCGGGACAAGAAGUCUCGCGAAGAGCUGCUACUGGAGCGCAUGCGGAGCCUGACAGGGGAUUUGGUGAAGAAGGGAAAGGAGCAACACAGGCUGGUGGAAUUCAUUGCGCAAACAAUCGAAGGCCGGCAGGACAGCAUUCAGGAGAAGGAUGCCUGGGGACGACAGAAGACGGUCGUUCUUACAGACCGCACGGAGAAGUUGGAGAUUAGCAUCGGCAAGCUUGGGGAGUGCUUGAAAGGGGUCGACCCAAGUCAGCUUCGUGGCAUGCCGGGUAAGCUCCAGGUAGUUGCACAGAAGGUGCGGAGCAUCCAACAGGAGGAUAGCAGCCCAACGUCUUCUCACAAAGCUGAUCAUAUAUCUGUCCUCCAGAAUCAGCUGGAAAGCAUCUGUCAAGAUGUGGAGCAAAUUACCACUCACAUGCGUGCAAAGGUUAACGUGCCCUUGGCUCUCAUGCACAUGGACCACUUUUUUUCCCAAGCCGUCGCGGAGAAGAUGAAGAGCGGCAACAGCACCAAGGCUCUGAGCCGUUCGGCCAGCCAAGCGAGAAGUUUCACCGGUACCUCCCGCAGCAACAUCAGCAGCGACAGCAGCGACCUUUUCGAAGAAAAUUGA